AUGACAAUUUCCUAUCAACAGGACGUAUCAUUAGCAUCUUGGCGGGCAUUUUUCAAAUUACUUUUUCGUUGGAAAGCAAGUAUUUGGAAGAUUGUCAUAAAAGAAUUGUUUGUAUGGAUAAUUGCAUUCUUUGGCAUUUCAUUUAUCUUCCGAACGCCAUUUUUUCUGACACAAAAUCAGAAAUUUUUAAUCGAAAAAUUGGCCAACUAUUUUGAUACAUAUCUUAACUCGAUAAAUCUUACAUUUAUACUUGGGUUCUUUGUAAGCAAUAUAGCAGUACGAUGGGAUGAAGUUAUCAAAAAUAUGGGAUAUAUUGAAAGUUUCGCAAUAUAUGUCAGUAAUUUUAUACGUGGAGACGAUGAAGAAACAAGGAUGGUAAGGAGAUCAAUUGUUAGAUAUAUAUGCCUUGCACAAAUACUUGUCUUUCGAGAUAUAAGUGUGGACAUCAGAAAGAGAUUUCCUACUCUGGAUAGCAUCGUUCGAGCAGGUUAUAUGUUAGACCAUGAAAAGCAAAGACUGGAAUCAAUCAAAUCAGACUAUAAUCAAUAUUGGAUCCCAUUUAGUUGGGCGAGUAGCAGAAUUAUUAAUAUGAGAAAGCGAGAUAAAAUUGCAUCCGACAUGUUGAUGAACGGAUUAUAUGACAUGAUUUGUACUGCCGUCUAUUUCUACUUUGGAGUCUGCCUUAUUUCGCGCCAAUUUAUCAGAUUAAAUAAUUCACAUUAUGGCUAUGCCGAUCUAGUAUCACCAGUCAUGACAAUGGUACAAUUUGUGUUCUAUGUCGGUUGGAUGAAAGUCGCGUUGAAUCUUCUGAAUCCAUUCGGAGAUGAUGAUGAUGAUUUCGAAUGUAAUUUCUUGGUCGACAAGAAUCUUGCGGUAAGCUUAUGUAUUGUUGAUCACUGUUAUGAUGAUGCACCUUCACCAAAGGAAGACUUUUUCUGUGGUGCUGAAAUAGUAAAUAGUGUCAGCCUGGCUGCAAACUCAAUGAACGAUCAUCAGCUUAUUGGCUCAGCUUCGAAAAUUAUGUACUUAUCUUCUGAAUCAGUUGUAAGCAGUGAUCUAUUACUAUAA